AUGUUCUCUCUCAAAUUUGGCACAAUUUCAGGCAAGUCUGUGAGAACAACAUCCUUAUACCCCAGCAGUCCGCAAGCAAUGCCUACCAGACCGGUUCCAGCCCCGAGCUCGAGAAUCGGCUCGGCUAGCCGCGGAAAAUUAACCAGCCGUCGGGCCAGCAUGAGCGACGAUCCCCAUGUCUUGAGUCCAAGGUUAUCACUUGUCAGUGCUGGCUCUCGUAGACAGAUUGGAGGCAGUCCGUCUACUGUGAUUUUCCGUGUGAACCCUGGCGCGGCCGUACGCCCGGAGUUCUCCGAGAUGAUUGUCGAGGCCAGCGCCCACACGUCCUCGCGGUCGGCAGCGUCCAUCCAUGAAAGCGAAGACCCACAAAUGCCGGUGAGAUACGACACUAUGUCGUUUGUUGGCAGUGCAGCCAGAUCUGAAAAAUUGGCGCACAGCAGCGAACAGUGGGUCUGGAGCCACGGCUCUGCAGCGGUGAAACUAGCCGGGUGA